CUGAAAAUUUCUUGAUGCUGAUAAGAAUGUAAAAGUAAAACUUCUGAGUUUACAGUUUUUAGUUAACGACGGCUAGCCUCGUUCCGAACAGAACAGCGGACUGCUAGGGUUUAAGCUUAGGGUUUCGCUUCCUUCUCCGGAACUGCUUUGCAAUGGCGAAGCCCGGACGGCCUCGACCUGCAACUUCUUCUGGCUCCCGUUCCCGCUCCCGAUCCGUUUCAUCUCAUUCGCGCUCCUACUCAGGCUCGGAUUCCCGCUCGAGGUCGCGCUCACGCGCUCGUUCGAAGUCCUUGAGUUCGUCCUCUUCGCCCAGUGAGAGCUCCCGGAGUCGUUCUCCUCCUCCUCAGAGAAGAAGUCCUCCUGCAGCUGGAAGAAGAGGCCGUUCUCGAUCACCACCACCUAAACGAGCCUCACCCCCAAGGAAAGUAUCUCCACCUGUUAUUGAAUCUGUUGUUCUCCACAUUGAUCAUCUAUCAAGGAAUGUCAACGAGGCACAUUUAAAAGAGAUAUUUAGUAAUUUUGGUGAGUUGGUCAAUGUGGAGCUUUCAAUGGACAGAAAUGUCAACCUUCCCCGGGGUUAUGGUUAUGUUGAAUUCAAGAAGAGAACAGAUGCUGAGAAAGCCCGUCUUCACAUGGAUGGUGGUCAAAUUGAUGGAAAUGUGGUGUCAGUAAAGUUUACUUUAGCACAGCGGCAGAAGAUUUCUUCACCCCCAAAGGUGAUUCCUCCUCCAAAAAGGGAAGCACCUCAACGGGAUAAGAUACUUCCUGGACCUGAGAAAGAAGUUCCAUCCCGUCUAAGGGAGUCUUCUCCACGUCGUAGACCACCAUCACCGCCGCCACGAAGGCGAUCUCCUGUUGCAGUUCGUCGCCCUGAUUCACCUAGGCGUCGACCUGAUUCUCCUCCUCGCCGCCGUCUGGAUUCUCCAGUACACCGUCGAGCAGAUUCUCCUCCUCAUCGCCGUGGAGAAACACCACCUCGCAGAAGGGCUGCUUCUCCCAUUAGGAGACGCUCGCCCUCUCCCAGGCGGCUUAGAUCACCUGCACGUGUUUCCCCACGAAGGCUACGUGGCAGUCCUCCCCGCAAGCGCUCUCCAGUACCUCUCAGGCGGAGAUCACCAUUAACAAGGAGAGCUAGGAGUCCACCAAGGAGAUCACCUCCAAUGCGCCGUCGUAGCCGUUCGCCUAUUCGGAGACCUGCUCGUUCCCGUUCUAGGUCAGUGUCUCCCCGCAGCAGGGGCGUUCGAGCACCUCCAAGACGAGGUAGAUCUUCAUCCUUCUCCAGAUCACCUAGUCCUCGGAAGGGACCUCGCAACGUAGCCAAAAGUCGCAGUCCAAGAAGACCUGCUAGAGGAAGAUCCGUCAGCAACAGUCCCAGCAGCAGCUCUGCCUCUCCCAAAGGACCUAAACCUUAAUAUGUGACUCGCAGUAAAGCAGGUAAGCUCUCUCUCUCUCUCUCUCUCUCUCUCUCUCUGGCCAACCCCGCCCCUCUCUCUCUCUCUCCAGCCCCCCACUCCAUGUCAACCCUUGUAAGUCCUUGGGUACACCCUCUACCUGCGAAUUCUACUAGUUUUGCGGCGGUGUUCUGAUGCUGGAAGACUUUUUUUUUUAACCAGUUACCAUUUAUUUUGAAAUUGUUUUGGCCAAAGAACUUUAGUUCGAAAACUAUGUGGCAACUCUUUA